AUGACAGAUAUUCCUGGAUGUGGAGGUGGAGGUUGGACACUAGUCAUGAAAGUGAAUGGAAAUAUGGUAAGAUAGAAAUCAAAGGUUAAUGCAUGUUAAAAUUUAUUUAACCAAAUAAUCAAUCACUCAAUUCAUCAAUUAAGCAGCCAAACAAUCAGCGAAAUUUUUCUUUUAAUUUUCUGACUAAUAUUAUAUCUUAAAUAAUCAUUGUCUACUAAAUCAUCAACCUCGAUCAAGUCAAUUAAUUUAUUGUGUUCUUUCUAAUUUAGUCCACAUUUGACUACAAUUCAUCUUUUUGGACGAACAAGGAAAGUUAUGCAGUUCAAGAUGGACUUGAAGGAAUUACAGAGAAAGAAAGUAAACUGGCUUCUUAUUGGAACACUCCUAUUAAGAAAAUAUGUCUUGGUAUGACCGUUAAUGGUGAAAGCAAAUGGAUGAUAUUAGAUUACCAAGCAAGUUCACUGUACAGUGUGAUCGCAGACGGCCAAUACCGCGGCACAACCGCUGGAAAAGACACCUGGAUGUCUGUGAUCGCAGGCUCUUCUUUGCAGUCCAAUUGCAACCGUGAAGGUUUUAAUAUCCAAGUCCAAAAUACCAAUGCUCGCCUUGGUUUUGUUGCCAACAACGAAGUCCAUUGUCGGAGCUGCGACUCUUGGAUAGGUUUUGGUAUAUACGGCUUUGCUUGUCGUAUAAGCGACUAUCAGGCGUGCGGUAAUCGUGCAGUAUGCGCAGUAGAUCGUGUUGUAAACAUCCCAGCAUUUGGGUAUAUCUUGGUGCAAUAAAACAUUCAUCCCUUAAUUUAAUUAACAUGGCAUGAAAAUGUAGUAAAUGGAAAACUGCAUAAAGAAAGUUAAAAAACUACUGUAGACGACAGACUGAAUGGCUAAUAUGAUUGUAUGUCGCUGUAUGUCCUGCUUCGUUUAAAUCUCCUGACUAGUGUUAAUCUUACUUAGCAUUUCAGAUCCAUGUAUAAUUUAAAUGCUUGGAUACAUUUGUGAUUUGUUUCGUUAUAUACGCUCAGUAUAUAGCUGCAACUAUAGCAUUGGAAUUUGUCUUUCCAAAUCCUAGUUCAUUGACUAGCAUGGAUCCUAUUUGAAACAGUACGGAAUUCCAAUUUCCAUACUAACUUCCAUUAUCAUGCUAUGGAUAAAUUUUGGAAAUAGAGCACAAAUAUUUACUGAUACAAGAUGAUGGUCGUAUUGUAUACGUAUGGAUUUGUUUAUUUUUCCCACUUUUUCCCAGUAUGCAACUGGAAAUAAUAAUAAUAAAUAAUAAUAAACUUUAUUUAAGUGUCUAACGUAUUUAGCUAAUUUACAAAAUUAAUUGGUGACACAAGAGUGGAUGAGAGUUGGCAGUCACGAGUUGUUACAAGGGACAUAUUUCAAACAGUGUAGAUUAACAAAAUAAAGAUAAAUACAUGAAAGUGUUGGGAAUACGUAGUGAAUUCAUAAAUAGAAUAACGUAUAGUUUAAAUUGUUCUUUAAUUUAUUUUAAUAUUUAAAUAAUAUCGUUCCCCUUAAGCCCCCUAACGUUCGUCCCAGCAUUAUACCAGUAUGUUUUGCCAGGGUUAUUAUACUUAUUAGUGCGUUCAAAGGAACCGCGCGUGGAGGAAAGAGCCACUACAAAGAUAAUCUAAAGGCUAUCUUUGGAGUGUUUUACGUAGUCGUAUCAAUUACGUAAUCUUAAUAGGCAUAUGACUCGAAAAUUGACGUUGUUAUUUUUUAGUCUAAUUUGAAAGAUCAUUGAAAACUGUAGAGUAACUUCUUUGACAGAUUUUGAUAUUUCAUUUUGUAUGAUUUGCAAAGGGCCAACUUUCUACGUCACAUGCACAUGCAUAAUGCAUGACUUACUUUAAAAUGUUAUAUAAUUUUGUCACUGUCAAAUAAACUCGCACAAAAUGAAUUAUGAGCACAAGAUUUGUCCACAACAACGCCCAUGCAGGUUUUCUGUACUGAUUGUGUUUUAGUCUUAUUAAAGAUAUACAGCUUUUAGGGCUAAAUCAUUAUGCAUAUGUGACGUAGAAAGUUGGUCCUUUGCAUAUCAUAGAAAAUGAAAUAUCUUCAAAACGAAGCAAGAAAACGAAAAUCUAUCAAAGACGUUACUCUACAGUUGUCAAUGAUCUAUCAAAUUACAGUCUAAAAAUUAACAACGUCAAUUUUCGAGUCAUAUGCCCUUUAAUAACCUAGAAUAUCUUUUAAAUCCCAAUAGCCAUAUUAAAACAAUAAAAAAGUUCACAUAAACAUAAUAUUAAUAGGUCCAAGACUUAUUAAUUUUGAUAAUAUUUGCAUGCAAAUUAUAACAAAAUUUGCUACUGCGAUUUUCACUCGACCUUAGAACGCCAAUUUGUUUGUCGAAAUGUUUGAAUGUUUAAACGAAAAGCUUGCGAUGUAUGUUGUCAAGGCUGUGGCCAUUUUUGAAUGUUGUCAAGGCUGUGGCCAUUUUUUAAUGUUGUCGAGGCCAUUUGUGAAUGUUGCAAGGGCACGGUCAGUCGUUAGAUUGUAGCUAGCUCUAAAAAAAGUACAGUUCAAUUAAGGAUUUUUUUAUUUAGCAACGAAGGUCCACGAAGGUCCAUAAAAUGUAUUGAUACAAGAUUGAUUAACUGAGAAUAUUAAUCGUAGCUGCGUUGGUGUCGGAUAAUAUGUAAUAAAAUGUGAUAUACAUCGCUUUUCCCCUUUUACAAUUGGCAAUUCCAGCUUUUAGUUUAUGCGUGCAGGGGAUGAUCGGAAGUAAGGUAUCACAUUGGUGAUUAUGCUGAAAAAAUAAAAAUGGUGGCCGUGUAAACUCGGAGUGAUUAUCACAUCAUAGGACACCCUUUGGAAAGUUUUGCCCCGGGCCCCUGUGACGAAUUUAACUUCGUCCUGUGGGUGCCGGUAAUCAAUUCAAACUGCAUGUUUGUAAAGGUUUUAUAUAAUUUAUAUAAUAUUCUAAGCCUACAAUCUCAAUACUAUAGCUAAUGUUCAUACAUACGAUAAAAAUGGUACGGCAAGGUUCAGCUAUAACUAGCUCUUUCGACUCCACCUUUUUUAACUGUUCUUUCAGUUUUACGCUUUUAAUCGAGCUUCGAUCGUCACUGAGUUGAUAUCCUGACGCGUUCAGCGGCGGUCUACAAACUGUAGUGCUACUUCAACCUCGUCCCCAGGGUUUUCUUCAUCACAAAGAAGACCUUGGAGACGAGCUUGGUGCACCCAAUCUCUUUCCCAGAGUAUGCCGGUUCGCAGGUUAGGUGCUGGUCUGCGAACGGGCAUGCUCUAGCUGGGUACGAGAUUGAGUGACAUCGCGUGACGAUAAAACUUUUCGUUUAAACGUUCAGAAUUAGGUCGAGUGAAAAUCGCAGUAACUAACGACAAAAGGCUUUCUCUGCAAUUAAAGACAGCUUGUUUCACGUCCAGUCCUGCUGUUUAUGUCAAAAACAUAAUUAUUACAACUCGAACUGGCAAACAGAGGCCGCUUUCGCAUAUUUUUCAUAUAUUUUUUAAUUACCAACGAGCCAAUUACGCAAUCUUAAUUUUUUUUAGAUUUUCAAAUAACUAACUGCAUAUUAAAUUCGCUUUUUAAAUUCAGUUAAUUAUUUGAAAACUGAAAAAAAUAUAGGAUCACGUGAUUGGCUCUUGAUAAUUAAAAAAAAAAAAAUAUGAUAAAGCGGCCUCGGUUGGACAAUUCGAGCUGUAAUAGCAAUGUAUACUUAAGUAAUGUAAGCGCAGGUUACACUUUUCGCUGCAUCAAAACGGACAAGUAUUAUAAUUUAGAUGGUUGUGUUACUAUAUUCCAAUAUGGCAAGGAAAUACAAACUCAAUCCUACAAUGCAGAAUCCUUGCAUAUGUCACUGCACAAAAUAUAACUCAUUCCCAUAUUUCCAUGAUUCGCGCUUGGUUGUUCAAUUGGCUAUAUUGCCUAAUUUUAACUUUAGUUACUUUAAUUACAUGCAAUAUCUGCAAAUAUAAUUAUACCUACCGCACACAUAUAUACAAUACAUGCAUGCACCUGCUACAUUUCUAGUACAACAGACAAAUGAUCAUGUCUACAUUUGAUAAAAUAUUUUUUCUAGCUUUCCCUUUGCUCGCGAUUUUAAAUCGUGGUAGAUGUGUUAACGAAGCAGUAUUUCGCAAAAUAAAAGGAAAAUAUCUGCCUAACUGUGUGUUUAAGACAUUGGAAACAAGAAAUGAAUUACACUGCACUAGUUAUUGUUCAAGGGACGGAUCGUGCGUAUCUGUAAAUUUCAAAAUCUGUGGAAAAGAUCAAGGUAUAUGUGAGUUAAACAAUAGAACAAUGAAAGAGGUGAAUGAUGGACAAAACAAUCCGGCAUUUAGCUAUCAUGAGAUUGUAACAAGGGUAAGAUCAUAUAUGAGCUUUGUUAUAAACCGCUUUUAACAUAUAUGAUAUAUAUUUUUAAACAUGAUUGACAAUUGUAUGUAAUAUAAAUACAGCUUUCCAAUUUUCACGCUGUAGCCUAUAUGGCUAUAAUCAACACUUUUAACAUUUAAAUAACAAUAAUCACAGUUAUGUUGGCCAUGCGGAUAUAUGUUCACAUCAUCACAUGCGCAUUACAUGACAAUCUAGAAUUUAGAUUAUGCCUAUAUAUACUUACAUUGCGUUGUUAAAAUUUCAGUGCACGUUGCAAUUAAAAUAGCAAGCCUAAAAGUCUCGAAUGUUAUUAAAAAUUUAUGGAUCAAUCUGUAAUCUAUAUUGUCUGUUUCUUUAUUCUCCACCGUAGACUCGUAAGUAGCUACUAUUUAAAGCACGCGUAGUGAGUGUUUUAUCACAUAUAAAACACGACGCGUAGCGGAGUGUUUUAUAUGUGAUAAAACACGACUACAAGUGCUUUAAAUAGCUUCAAAAACGACUCAUCUUAUACGAGUUCAUUGGCGAAGUAAUUUUUAAAAUAAACUUUGUCUAAACCGAGAAAAUCAAAGCUAAAGUUUAUGUAAAUUAACGUGAUUUUUUAUCACAUAUUGAAAAACUCAUUAAUAAUUCAUGAAGAAAACACAAAGAAAAAUCAUAAGCGUGUCGUAUCUGUAUUUGUGAUACAGAUUCAUGUUGAUUUAAUUACUACAAUGAUAUCCGAUACAAUACGGCCGCUCAUGUUGUAAAUAGUACUAAAACCACGACACGGUUAUGAUUUUUUAUUGUGUUUUGCUCCUGAAUUAUCAAGCCACCUGCAUGCAUUUGUAAUUUUCAGGCUGCAAUAAACUAUUCAUAUAUCUGAUGAGAAAGCGUAUAGGCCUAUAUAUAAAUUCAACAUUUUAGUCCUGAUCUCGCUUGAUAUUGAAGUAACAGUUAAAGGACAAUGGCAACAAAAAAAUGUAUUGUCUCAAUAGGAAGAACGUUUAAAAGAACGUUUAAAAUUAUCUAUAAAAUCUUCUUACAGAUUUUUCAUAUCAAGCUUAACUCUUGAAAUAUUUUGACUGAAGGCAAUGAGUAUAGUCCACCAUCUUGGAUUAAUUCUUAACCUCAUUAACUGUCGUUUUGAUAAUGUUUUAAAUUGUUUUUAUUCAAUUCAAAAUUUGAGUUCAUUCGGGUUCAAAUUGAGCAAAUUCGGCCGUUCAUAUUGAUCACUGUACUGUAGCUGUCGAGAUAAAAAACUUGCGUGACCCCACUUGUGACGUAUCAUGCAUAUAUCCUCAAUAAUCCAAGAUGGCCGACAGUACAUCGCGCUCGAUAUUUCCAUCUAUACAUAUAUAAACUAUUAAUAUCUAUAUUUCCAUCUACACAUAUCAACUAUAUAUAUAAAUUAUUAAAUAAUUUAAACGAAAGGCAGUUUUCGAUCCUUCGUGCACGAGAUUGCACUUUGACAAAAUGUUACUCCAGAAAAAUGCCUUUGCAUGGUAUAGGGAUAACUUUCAUAAUUUUCCCGCUCUAUAGUAAUAAUCAGGAGUUCACAAUUGUUCACGACAUUGAUCGAUCACUGUCAAUCCUUGUUUAACACAAUAACACUGUCAGGGCCGUAACUAGGCGCGAUAAUUUUUUUUUGCGGGGGGGAAUAUUCAUAUAAUCAUGUUCAGAUACCGUAAAAACAAUCGCUUUCAAAAGAAAUUCGCCGGGCAGAACACGAGUAUAUGAAUAUUCACCCCCUCAAUUAUCACGUCUAGUUACGGCCCUGAACCGACUGUUUUGCCUUUGGUUUGCAUGCAAGAGCGUUUUGAGGGCAUGAGCCUAUUAAUUGCAGGAUGUCAUGCACAAGAAGUUGACAAUUAAUCAAAAAUAAUUAUAUGAAUACUGAUAUUCGAAAAGUCUUGAUUGAAACUCCAUACGACAUUGCGAAAUUUUGGUACAAUUAAUUAUCGAGUAAUCUCAGUGAAAGUCAUGGACUUCUUUUUGACACCUACUUUAAAGGGGCAGUGCCACGGGUCUACUGCGCAUCCAAAAUAUGCGUGAACUUGAAAAACUAUCUGCCAACAAUUAAUCAAGUUAGGAGUGAAAUACGAUAUACUACUUAUAAUCCCUUGGUUAUGUAGUACAACAUCCUUGCUUUGUUUUAAAAAUUGAAUGCUGCUGCGUCUUUUCCAAUCAUGUAGCAUUAAUUUUAAAUGUUUCUUUGCGACGUUUAUUUUAGCCAAUCAGCCCCGUGACACUGCCCCUUUAAUUUAUUUCAUGUUACCAGAUACAUGCACAUGCAGGGUGUAUAAAAGAGUAUAGACAAUUUUGAAACGGCUCUCAACUUCGCAAAUCCGUUCACGUCAUGAUUUCUUUGAUAAAUAUAGAUUGUUUGGGUAUACUUAUAACAAAAAUGUUUCGUAAAGAUAAAUUUUCCAGAGCGGGGUGUGUGUAUCUUCUUUAGCAGUCUUAAUUCAAAAAUAACUUGCGCAAAAUUUAAAACUUUAAAACACAUUGUGAGUUCAUGGGGGCGAGAAAUGUGCUAUGUGUUCUAUUAAUGGGCCAAAUAUCAGAAAAUGUACUCUAUAUUUUAAGUCAUUUACUUUAUUACAAUAAUACAACAAUUGCAAAUUAGGUAAAUACAUGCAUUAAGCAUACGUGAUAGAUGAAAGUUUCAGCAGCUAUUUAAAGGACUUAAAAUUGAGUAAAGUUGUAGUUGUGGACAAAUGAAAUAAAUAACAGGUCCAUUUUAUUUAUUUAUUUCAGAAAUGCAACGAUAAGAGUCAGUUCUUCACGGAAGGUAAACGUUGUUUGAUAAAGAUUAAAUGUAUAGCUUUUCCAAUAAAAGGAGUGAUAUAAUAUUUGGUUAUAUUUGGAUAUUGCAGAAACUAAGAAAUGUAUGUCGUUCCCAAGUUGCAAAGAUUUAUUAGCCAGAGAUGGGUAUGUAUUCUAAAAUGCCUUUGCAUGAACAAUAUUUCUUUUAAUAAUAUAGCAUUUGUAAAUUCUGAACGCUGAUUGGCUAAGAGCCGUGUUGAUAUAACUCAAUGUCAACACGGAAACGUUGGUAAAUUUAUUUCUUUAUAUUUCUUUGUGCUAUAUUAUAAAACACAUAUAAAACAUUUUUUCCGCAUAUUGAUAUACAGUUAUAUCAACACUCGUGGAAAUUGGGAAAACCCGAUCCACACAAUUUCUCGUUUUCCCAUUUUCCACUCGUGGUGAUAUAACUGUAUAUCAACACGGAAAAUGUUUUAUAUUCGUUAAAUAUUUACGAAAGUAUUUUAUGUCUAUCGGCCACAACGAGUACAAAAUAUUCUAUAACUAAAUAUCCAGUAUAUAAUAGCCAUUUCUUUUUCAUCGAAUGUUACUGCAAGAGGAGAGCGGAGCACCUUUAUUUAAACUGAAAAAGAUAUUUGAAUACUGUAACUAAGUAUAUAUAUAUAUAUAUAUAUAUAUUUAUAUAUGUACUAUUUACAACAUGAGCGGCCGUGUUGUACUUGUACGCGAUGGAAGCAUGCAACGAAACGAUUGCAUAUAUAAAUAAUUCAUAAAGAAAACACAAAAUAAAUCAAAAUAUAUCUCAAUAUAUUCCACUUCCACCCCGAACGUUUAUAUAAUUCAAGCGUUUUGUCAUGAUUUCUUUAAACAUUGUUUGCUGCGCAUAAAUAUCAAUUUUUAAAAAAAAUUCUCGUCACUAUCCAGAUCACUUUCCAAUGGUAUUUACAAUCUAAAAGUAAAGAAUUCGCUCAAGACGUAUUCAAUUUACUGUCACAUGACUGAAAUACCUGAAUGCGGGCCAGGGGGCUGGACACUAGUAAUGAAAGUGGAUGGAAACAAGGUAUAUAAUAACUAUAGUUAUGUAGCUAAUGCUUAAACUAAACGUGACUGGCUGAUUUGUUAUCACGUAUAGAUUUGGACAAAUGCAAUGCAUCCCGCUCGGACCGGCUACGUACAUACAUGCUCAAAAUGGAGUGAAAAAAUUAGACAGAACAUUUUCCAGCUUACGAAGAGACUACAGAUAUAUCUAACAAAGAAGAAAAAUACUCAACAGGCAUCAUGAAAUGCUGCUGAAACACCUUUUAGCAGUUUUUUUAAAUAUAUGGCUAAUGUUACGCAUUCAGUUUAUUCUGCCCGGCAAAACAAGCAGCUUAAUUUAAUUAAUGCGUUUGACCGUGUUUGAUCGUGCUGACAGGUAAAACACACACACUUACAAACGCGGACAAAAUCAUAACCUCCUGCCGGAGGUAAUUGGGCUACUAUGCUGUGAUCAAUUUAAUCCAGAAUAAUUUAGCAUAAUUUCCGAAUGAAUGAGUAUAACAGAUGAUUGUUUUUAUAACAACUGAGUGCAUGUAUCCAAAAAAAUAUUAGCUUUAACAUGACAAACAGUAAUAUAUAGGGAAAUUAGUAAACUUUUUGUUUUGCAGAAUGACUUUAACUACAGCUCUCCUUACUGGACAAACAAGGAAACAUACGCAGUUGAAGAUGGACUUGAAGGUUUGAAUGAAAAACAAACAAAACUUGCUUCUUACUGGAACACACCAUUCAACAAAAUAUGCCUCGGAAUGAAAGUCAGCGAUGUUACACAAUGGAUUGUGAUCGACCACCAAGCAAGCUCGCUUUUUCAUGUGAUCGCAGGUGGGGGUUCCACUAAAACAACCGCUGGAAGGAGCACAUGGAAAUCUCUCAUCGCGGGUUCGUCUUUACAAUCCAACUGCAACAAUGAAGGGUUUAAUGUGAAAUGUCAAGAAAACGAUCUUUACACGCAUGUUAGGAUUGGAUUAGCCACAAAUAAUGAAGAUAGCUGCGAUACUUGUGAUUCGUACAUCGGGUUUGGAGCUUCUUCUUAUGGUUGUGGUGUGCCGUCUGCAAUAACAUGCGGAAAUUUUGCCAUUUGCUCCGGUGUAUCUCAUUAUAAUACAGAUAUCUACAUUUCAGCAUUUGGAUAUAUACUCGUCCAGUAG